AUGGCCAAUGUCAGAGUGACUAGCCUUCGGUUCGACCACCACCCAGACACGGAUCCCCUUGGCAUAGGAACGGCUGAACCUCGCCUAUCUUGGAGCUUUGCCGGCGAAGCAAAGAAUUGGAAGCAGACUGGAUACGAAAUAGAGAUAUGUAAGGCAGGGCAGGCAGGAAACAAACAAGUCCACGGCGACAAAACAGAUGGCUCCCUGUUCAUCGCUUGGCCAUCCACACCACUAAAGUCGCGGGAAACCGCAACUGUGAGAGUGAAGGCUACUGGCACCGGCGACAAGGGAGAUUCGACAACGGAGUGGACCAAGCAGCAGAAUGUGGAAGCAGGUCUACUACAGCGGUCGGACUGGAGCGCCAAGUUCGUUACAUCUACCCAGCAGACACCCAAGGAUAAGCCACAUCGACCCAUUCUGUUCAGAAGCCCGGUCUUCCAGGUUGAAACCAAAGACAAGGUGUCUGGUAGCAACAAACCGAGAGCGAGGCUCUACAUCACGGCGCUUGGGGUCUACGAGGCCCACAUCAAUGGCACGCGUGUCGGAGACCUGCAAAUGGCACCGGGAUGGACUAGCUACAACCAUCGGCUGCCGUAUCAGGUGUUCGAUGUUACCGAUUAUCUUGACUGGUCAUCCCAGAAUGUCUUGGGAGUCGAGGUGGCCGAGGGCUGGUAUGCUGGGCGGCUCACUUGGGUUCCAGGAGUCCGCAAUGUGUAUGGAAGCCAGUUAGGCGUGCUGGCGCAGCUUGAGAUUCAGAAUCCCGACGGAAGCAUAAUUCAGCAGGUCAUCUCGGAUGAAUCCUGGUCAGCCCACCCGUCAAGCCUUGUGACGAGCGAGUUGUACGAUGGAGAGGUAUAUGACAUGCGUGAUGACCUGCCGGGCCAUUGGAAAGUUGCGUCCUUCGACCAAGGUGAGAGCUGGAACAAGGCUUCUGUUCUAGACUUCGGAUGGGACAAGGUUUCGUUGAUAUCUCCGGAUGUGCCGGCGGUUCGAGUCACAGAGAAUGUUCGACCCAAGAAAAUCUUCAGAAGCAAAAGCGGCAAGACUCUGGUUGACUUCGGCCAAAACCUGGUAGGGAAGAUUCAAAUUCUCAAGGCUUUGCAUUUCAAAGAGGGCCACAGUGUCACAUUGAGGCAUGCGGAGGUGCUUGAGAACGGCGAGCUAGGCACCCGUCCACUGCGCAGUGCUGGAGCGACAGACACUAUUGUCUUCGGCAAUGGAAGCACUCUGAAAGAUUGGACUCCAAGGUUCACUUUCCAUGGCUUCCGAUAUCUCGAACUCAACGGAUGGACUCUCGAUGACACAGAUAGUCCACCCACAACAGACAACAUUGUUGCCCUGGUCAUGCACUCAGACAUGGCCCGGACCGGCUACUUUGACUGUUCCAACAGCCUGGUCAACCAAAUACAUUCCAAUGUCGUGUGGAGCAUGCGAGGAAAUUUUCUGUCCGUGCCUACCGACUGCCCGCAGCGAGAUGAACGACUCGGUUGGACGGGCGAUAUCCAAGUGUUUUCACCAACAGCUUCGUUUUUGUAUUCCAGCGCAGGACUUCUCGCAAAUUGGCUGCAAGACCUCGCAGUCGAUCAAAAUGACACAGGCGGCAUCGUACCCGUCGUUAUUCCAGAUGUACUCACCGGGAGGUCAUCGUGGCCCAAUGAACCACAAGCCGUCUGGGACGACGUGGCCAUCAUCUUGCCCUGGGUGAUCUACCAAUGGACGGGCGAUGUCGACGUCCUCCGUCGCCAGCUGCCGAGCAUGCAGACUUACAUCGAUAAGUCCAUCCGUAGAGAUCCCCGAAACGGGCUCCUCUGGGAUCCUACGCUCUGGCAGCUGGGUGACUGGCUUGACCCAAACGCUCCGCCCUCGGAGCCGGGCCUAGCUCGCACCGAUGGCACGCUUGUGGCUGAUGCGUAUCUGGUGUACGUGACUGGUUUGAUGGCCAAGAUCUCUACUGUCGUCGGUGACGAGACUCUGUCGGACAAGUAUCAGAACGAUCAUGCCCGCCUGAAAGCUGCAUUUCAAGACACCUAUGUCGCGUCGUCAGGCUUAGUGGUUAGCGACUCCCAGACGGCACUCGCCUUGGCUCUCUGCUUUUCACUCCACUCCUCUCCAGAUCAAAUUCGCAACGCCUCUGAUCGCCUCGCCCGCUUGGUCAAAUACUCGAAGUACCGCGUUUCCACGGGCUUUGCUGGAACACCUUUGGUUCUCCAUGCCUUGUCUCAGAACAAGGAUCAUGUACAAUUGGCAUACCGAAUGCUCCUCGAGAAGGAAUGUCCCUCAUGGCUCUACCCUGUGUCCAUGGGAGCGACCACCACCUGGGAAAGGUGGGAUAGUAUGCUCCCCGAUGGGACCAUCAAUCCCGGCGAGAUGACGAGUUUCAACCACUACGCCCUUGGCUCCGUGGCAAGCUGGUUGCAUGAGGUCGUAGGAGGUAUCAAUAUGCUCGAGCCUGGGUGGAAGAAAUUUCGGGUUGCUCCUGUGCCUGGAGGGGAUCUGACAAAUGUCGACUUAAAGUUUGAAAGCCCAAUUGGGUCGAUUGCUGUGAAGUGGAAUAUCUCUGAGGGCCGAAGUCUCAGGUUGAUCAUCGAUGUUCCACCGAACACGGAGGCUUUGAUCGUAUUACCAGGGCAGAAGGACGAUGGUGAGGGCAGCUGGGUUGGUUCUGGACGAUACGAGUAUGAUGUCUCGUACGAAGCGCCUGGCAAAUGGCCACCUCGAGCAAUUCUCACUCAAUUUAGGGAGGAAGAUGAAUAG